AUGUUCAACAUAUUUAAAAAGAAAGAACAAACCCAAGCUUAAACAGCUCCUCCCCCACCACCGAUAUAAUAACAGUAAUAAGUUGUACAGCAGCCUUAAGUUGUUCCUCCUUAGUAACCAGCUCCAAAAGGAUCAAUAUUCAAGGGAAAUGUUAAAGUAAAAGCACCUCCUCCACCUCAAACUUAAGAAGUUCAAUAAUAAUAAAUGCCAGCGCCUCCAACAUAUCAAGCGUAGGUACAUUAAGGACAGUCUAAUUCUGAUAUACUAUUACCAGAAAGCGAUGCCUACAAAUAGUAAUUUAAUUAAAUGGAAACACCAACUCCAUAAGAGGAUUUCAAUGUAGAGUAAAAAGUAGAGGCCAAAAUAAAUGUGGAAGAAGUCAAAAAGAAACCAGCUGGCUUUGGGUUCAUAAAAAAAAAAUAACCUGAACAGCCGGUUCCUACAGAUGAAUGUUUGUAAGAAUAAGUUGAAAGCUAGAUAAUUUAUGGAAUUCAAGUUCAAUAAAAUUAGGAACAACAAGUGAAUAAAUUAUAGGAUUACUCCUCAUAGUAGAUUUAUCAAUAAAAUAAUUCUGCUCAAUAAAUUAAAGAGCAAACUAUUAAUGAUGAUUAAAGUGUAUAAUUGUAAAAUUCAAUCAAGUAAAAUGAAAAGGAAAGUGAAUAAUAGUAGUAAUAAUAGCAAUAAUAAUUGUAUCAAUAAUAAUAGUAAUAAAAAUAAUUGCUAUAAUCCACCAUGUCAAGUUCUUCAUAGAUAAAAAAUAAUUUUAUCAAUAAAAGUCAAUUCGAUUCUAAUUCCAUUAAUGCUCAAUUAGAUAGUUCGUAUGUGAAACAACAUCAAAUGAUUAUGGAAGAAUUGGAAUACUUUCAAAAUGAAGUUAAUUAAAAGAAAGCUCAAAUUUACAUCUCACAAUAAGAAAUUGAAAAGCGAAUAAUUACCUAUUAACAAAAACUAUAAGAGUGCAAUAGUUGCCUUACUGAACUAUCGAUAGAGUAGUCGGUGAGUAUACAAUAGGAAUAAUUUGAGAGGGCAGAGGAAAUUGAAUAAUCCCUAAAAGUUAUUUAAAAUAACAUAACUUAAAUUGAUAAUAAGAUUAAAUAUGAAGAAUAGCAAUAUAGCGAAUUAUAGGAUGAAAAGGAAAACAUAAGAGGAGAAGAGUAUCCAUUUUAUUAAGAAACAGAGUAGAAGUUAGAAGAGAUAGAAAGAUUACAUAUCAAGUAUAGUGAUUAGUACAAGUUUGAAGGAUAGGCCUAAAUAAAGAAACUGCAAUAACACAUAGAAGAAGAGAAUGAGAGAGUGAAGAUCUAGUAAAUUCACACUGAGAUUGAUAGUAAACAUUUGUAUGAAGAAGAACAACAUCUGAAUCAAAUAAUGGAUAAUCAAACUAAGGAGUAUCGAAUUGAGUAAGACCAAUUAGUUAAUAAAAAGUCAACUUUAGAAUCUGAGAUUGCAGAAUUGUAAUUAUUAUUAAAUCAAAAGAAAAAUGAAUUAUAAAAGGUGAAUUAUGAUUUACUUUCAACCAAAGAGAAAAUUCAACAAGUUCAAUAAAAAUUCAAUUUAUAACUAGUCAAAGUCUAGAAUAAGAGAACCAAACUUGAUGAUGAACUCAAUAGUUUAGAAACUGAACGAGCUUAGAUUGAAGCUCUUGAAGGCGAUAAUCUAAGAUAGUAAAAUGAGUAUAAGAAUAAGCUUGAAUAUUUGUCGUAAUAAUUGGAAGCCAUUAGAGUCAAAAGAAAUGAACUCACUCGAAAAGCCAAUUUGGUACCUGAAUAGUGUUAAUAAGAAUUGGAUGUAACAUAAAAAUACUAGGAGGCUAAAAAGGCCAGUACAGAAGCUUUAUAGGAAUUGGCAUAAGUUUAAAGGUAAAUUGAUGAAUUAAAUUACAAGAGGAAUAUGGGACAGACCUAAUUACAGGAAAUUCUCAUUAAAAAAAGUGAGCUUCAAAAGAAUCUGCCUAAGAUGAUUGAUGAUAAGGCACAGUUGGUAUAGAAUAAGAGCUUUAAAGGUGCUGCACAAAUUAAUGAGUAAAUAAAAGAGGCUUAAAGAUAGAUUACUUUAUAUGAAGAAAAAAUAUCUGAAAAUCAAAAUAUAGAAACUUAGAUUCUCAAAGAAAUUGACCAAAUUGAAGACUCCUUCUUGAUUACAUAACAUCGAUAUCAAUAGCUUUAAUAAAAUGCAGAAAUCUGCAGAUAUUUUGUUUUGGAAUUAAAAUUGUAAGAGAUUUCAUAAAUCGAUUAUUUUGGAUUAUCUUAACUAGAAUUGGAUAUUAAGAAUGAAAUGAAUCAAUUGGUUAAUAAAUAUUAGGACUUAAUUAAAGCAAAUCGAAAAGUUUCUACUGAAUAUGUUGAGUAGAUCCAGGAUCAUGAGGAAGAAGUAAAUUAUAAUAAAAAUGAGGAACAAUAAGAAUAGUAGAAUCAAGUAGAAGAAGAAUAAAUAGAAUAAAUUAAUGACUUAAAUGAGAAAGAAGAAUUAUAAUAAUAGGAAAAUGUAAUUGAAAUGAGUGAAGAGCAAAGAAAAAGCUAUAUAAAACAUUAGUAGUAUUUAUAUUGGGAUCUCUAAGAGAAAAUGAAAGCAUUAGAUGUAUAGGUCUAAGAUUUUGUUCAAAAAGAACAAUAUGAGGAAGCUGAUUAGAUUCAACAAGAAAUGGAUAGACUUGUAAUUAAAGCAGCUGUAAUAGAAAAAGAACUUAAAUAGAAAUUUAAUGUUGAUAGGCUAAUGCCAGAAGAAGAAGAGGAUUGA